ACGGCCCCAUUGGUCACUUCCUGGAUGUGAGAGCAGACGAGGAAACAGACUAACGGUAGCCUACUGCAGCGUUUUCUCUUGUGUCGGUUCCGUAUCGGUCUGAAACAAUGAACAACGCUGGACUUUAACUCGUGGAUUACAGUACGCACAGUGAAGGAUGCAAGGUGCUAUUGCACGGGUUUGCAUGGUGGUAGUAGCCGCUAUCCUCAACCACCCACUGCUCUUCCCUAAUGAAAACACCACCCUCCCUGAGCAAGAUGACGAGCUCCUGUCCCGGAUGAAGGAGCACCAGGAGAAGCUGGAGGCCGAACAUCAGCGCCUGGAACAGGAGAUCUCGCAAACAGAAAUUGCUCUGGUUGAUGAUCAGGACGGUUACAGCUGGUACUUUUGGAGCACUCUCUGCCUAGUCAUUUUCUUCACAAUUGAGGUCUGCAGGCAGGAUAUAAUCCCUACCGAAAUCCCAGACUCUACAGAAGAUGAAGAUGGAGAUUCCAGUGCUGAAUAUCUCAGUGCCAAGAAUGUAGUCCUAGAUAAAGGUGUCCUAAGUAACUUCUGCAAGACCCGCUUCCAUCCUUUCAUCCACGAGAGCGGGAGAGUGCGAGAGUUCAUCGAGGGCUUUGCGGAUGAUCUGCUCGAGGCUUUAAGAAGUGUUUGCGAUCGAGAGUCUGACCUGGAAGUCGAGGACUUCGUUGGCAUAGGCAGCAUGUUUGAGUCCUGGAGGGUGUCUAAACCUCCUACAUGUGACCUCAUUGUGCCUUUUGCUCCUCCACGGUCAUUCAGGUUUGAGUUUCAGCUCUGGUGCGACCCCUCCGCUGAAAUCCCCCUGGACUUGCAAGGAUGUGGAAGGAUUAAACUACUAAAACCAGGUGAAAAUGGCACAGGCUGUCUUUGUGGCUCAACCAAUCUCGGUGAUGAUAUGCUGUGUCUGCUUCACAGUAGAAAUGAGGGUGAAAAGCUUGAGGAUCACACACUGGUGGACCGCCACUGUGAGAAGAACACCUCGUAUUUGUCAAAAGAUCAGAUCAUGAGAUGGUUCCAGAUCUCAGUGAGCAAAGCAUGGGGCCUGAUCUCUCAUAAGUACGAUUUUGAGCUAGCAUUUCAAAACCUAGACUUCCCCGGAGCUCUGAAAAUCAGAUUUAGGUCUGGAAAGACUGUCAUUCUUAACAUUACCCCUGCCGUUCAGUUUGAGGACACGGAUGCUUACCUCAUCUCUCAUUUCCCAUCUGACACUAGUAACUCCUCAGACAUUCACUGGCAACUCUCACUAACUGUUUAUGAAAAGAACCUGCUUAAACAUCUGGUGAAACGACUUCCUACAAAUUCGUGUCAUGUUCACUGUCUUCAGAUAGUUUCUUUCUUGCACAAAAAGCAGACAGCUUUGACUGGGAAAAGCGCCUUUUCUAAUUAUCAUAUAAAGACGGCGCUUUUGCAUCUGCUGCUGAGUAAACGUCCUGCGAUGUGGCAGCCGCAGAAUCUCAAUGACAGGUUAAGAGAUCUGCUCAGCUUCCUGCAGCAAAGCCUGGAGGAAAAGAGACUCUAUCAUGUUGUUGUCGGGAACCCUCGCAUCCCAGUCGAACUUCUGGUUCCCAAAAUAAUCCGUACGGCAGAACCGAUAAACCUGUUUAGGCCUCUUGUAUUACAGAGGCACGUAUAUGCCAAAAUGGAGGAGCAUUUUCAAGAGAUGGUUAUAAAUACCUCUGUUCUUGUUCAAGAAUAUAGCCCUCACGUUUCUAAUGGUUGCGUGAGGCAUGAAUUUAGCUCAACAGACCAGACAUAGACUUUGGCUUUGAGUGCAGGGGAUUUUUACAGCCUAAUUACAUAAUGACGUUAUGCAGCUCAAAUGUAAACAACAUAUUAAGCACUGACUGUUUCUGACGCUGUGAUGAUAUUUGGGUGUUUCUUUAACUAUAACCAUUUUUUUUAUAAUUUUUUUGUCCCGGGGCAAUAUUUUACCUUUUACAUUUUGUUAUACUGUAUGAAAGUGAAAGUGACAAAAAAAGUGAAAGUGACGUGACAUACAG